GGAAGAUUCAAAACUACCUUAAAAUAUGGUGUCUUAAUCUGAUCCCUUAACCCAAUUAGAGGCCUUCCUUCCUUCUCUUAUCUUUCCCUUCUUUAACACAAUUUCUUUUACUAUAUCUCAAUCUCUGAGUUUCUCCAAAAGUGUUUGAUUUCCCUAUUCAGCAAAAUGGCUUUGCUGAGUCCUCGAUUGCAUAGAUUCCGGCUAACUAAGCUCCACCAUGUCUCCGCCUCCAAACCCACCAAAACAACUAAGCUCACUCUCAGAAAAAAAGCCAGAUGCUGCUCUGCCAUAGCUAUUGAUGCUCCAUCUUCUUUAACAGGUGCUGCGGGAAUCAGAUGGGGUUCCACUACUUUGCAAGGCUUGCGGGAAGAAAUGGAAGACGAUGCUGUUGUGUGGUCUGAUGGUUUCAAUGAUUUCUUGUUUGCUGCAGUGUUCGAUGGCCAUGGUGGCUAUUCCUCUGUCAAGUUCCUCAGGGAGGAGCUGUACAAAGACUGCGUGGCAGCCCUGCAGGGCGGUCUGCUAUUGAAUGGAGGGGAUUUUGAAGUGAUAAAAGCGGCUUUGGAGAAGGCUUUUGAUGAUACUGAUAAGAGACUACUCCUAUUGCUUGAGGCAGCUGGGGAGGAAGAUGAAUCUGGUGCCACAGCAACCGUUGCAUUCAUUCGAAAUGAUGUGCUGUUCAUUUCACAUCUCGGUGACUCUUGUGUUGUGUUAUCUCGUUCUGGCGGAGCACAGGUGUUGACUAGUUCUCAUCGGCCUUAUGGAAAUAACAGCACAUCACUACAAGAGAUUAGAAGAAUUAGAGAAGCAGGUGGAUGGAUUGUCAAUGGGAGAAUCUGUGGUGACAUCUCUGUAUCACGUGCAUUUGGUGACAUACGAUUCAAGACGAAGAAAAGCGAGAUGCUACAGAAAGGAGUUGAAGAAGGAAGAUGGUCAGAAAAAUUUAUUUCUCGUGUACAGUUCAAUGGAGAUUUGGUUACUGCAUCACCAGAAAUUUUCCAAGUUACACUCGGAUCUAAUGCUGAGUUUGUUCUGAUGGCAUCGGAUGGCCUAUGGGAUUACAUGAAUAGCUCUGAUGCGGUUGGGUUUGUUCGAAAUGAACUUAGACAGCAUGGCGACGUUCAGCUAGCUUGUGAAGCCCUCGCCCAAGCAGCCUUGGACAAAGGUUCACAAGACAAUAUCAGCAUUAUCAUGGCUGAUUUAGGGCGGACAGAUUGGCAAAAUUUGCCCCUUCAGCAAGACAAUGUCAUAUUUGAACUGGCUCAAGCUUUCGCUACAAUCGGACUCGUUUCGUUAGGUAUUUGGUGGGCAUCCUCUAGUUUCUCUCUUUAAAGUUGAUGUCUCCCACUAUUGUAAAAUCAAGUUCUUCUUCAAUACUUUUCACCUGUAAAGUGUAAUUGAGUAGUCAUACAAUGUAUCACAUCCUAGCUAGUUUAGUCAAACUUUACAUACCCUCAUGAGAAUGCAAAAGUCUUCUUUCCCUUA